CUUUACGGUACUACUCCCUCCGUUCGGAUUUACUCGUCGCGGUUUUAGUUCAAAUUUGAACUAAAACCACGACAAGUAAAUCGGAACGGAGGGAGUAUAUAUUAGUAUUAUUUAUUUAUUUUCGGGAAUCUUGGGUGCUUUGCACGUCUGGUGAGUCUUGAGUAUGAAGGACAUUUCCAGGACAAAUAAUAAUGCACUCUGAAAUGGGAAGAGAAAUGCAAAUUCGAGUAGGAUGGAUUCAUAACGGGUUGACCUCUGUAGUGGAGUUUUAUUUAUUUAAAAGCCGAAAACAGUUUGUGACCUGGUUAGACAGUGCAGCAGAAAAACUAGUAGAACAGCUACAUCACGAGCUCCCCCUUCCCCUGUCAUAUCAGUCAAUUGUGCUCAUCGCGGCAACACGGCCAAGAAUCGUCCGUUGCAAAACACCGCAGCGCAGAGAGAACAGAAGAAAGCAAGCAAAGAAAAAUGAGCAGCAGGCUCCCCUGUGAUCCGCAUCCGAGGACGACGAAGAAGGCGUCGGCAUCCGCCGCGGCGGUGCAGCUCCUGCUGCGCCACCACGGCGCCGGCAAGGACGAGAGCAUCGAGUUCUUCUCCGCCCUCUCCGGCCAAACCGACGAGAAGGCCGCCGAUCGGCGGGGAAAGGCGAAGCUCAGGGCGGAGGUCGGGAAGCAUGACUAUGACUGGCUCCUGACUCCUCCGGCGACGCCUCUCUCGUGCUCCCCUGCGCUGAGCCGGCUGACGAGGGCCACAUCGGCGUCGAACGCCAAGAGCAAUUCGCCGCUGUCCCGGGCACGCCGGGAUAAGGGGAGCAGCUCGUCGCUCAACGCGACGGUGCUCGCGUCCUCGUGUCGCCCGCCGCACGUCAGGAGGACUCUGUCGUCGGCGUCUUCCUCGUCGUUCAAAGCCACGAGCAGCGCGUCCGGGAAGUCGACGCCGGCGACGAGCCCCCGCCCGCCAGCCGCUGCUGCCGCCUGUCGGCCCCCUCCCCAGGAUAAAACACACGGACGACGGCUGUCCUCCGGCUCCGGUGGUGCCAGCCAACCCAAGGGAUCGUCGUCGUCGCGGCCACGCGCUCCCACGACCGGCGCCUCCAGCCCCAAGUCAACUACCAGAGCGGCGUCAGAGCAACCGGCGCUGACCAGACGUGGCGCCAACGCCGUGGCACGUUCGAGGUUCGCGGGCCAGCUGAGUCAUGAUGCAGUGUCAACGGCUCAUGCCGUGCCGCCCAGUAUGGUCAAGACGCGACCCGUGCCGGCGACCGUGAAGCAGAGGAGCCACGGCAACGGCACGGCCACAUCCCUGGCGACCGCUGCCUCCCGGAGCGCGCCGAGAGGGGACUUGCUAGCCAGCAAAAGAUUAUCAAGCAGCGGUGUCGACGGCCGAAAGAUCCACGACGAGAAGGCCGCACUCCGUCGAACCGUGGGGUUCGGCUCAUCCGCCGCGAGCACGCGCCGUUGUCUCGCGAAGAGCGACUCUCGGAAGCUCACGGUGAAGGAGGGCGCCCAGCAGCGGAGCGUCCGAUCCGCAGCGUCCGGAAGCCACCUAGGGUCCGCGGCCACGGUCUCGGACGCCAGGGGCCGCCGGCGGUCCACGGCUGGGAAAGACAACAAGGUCGCGGUCGCGGCCGCCGCGCCCGACGCGUUCCCGAGCACGCGGUACGACGCCAUGCUGCUGCGGGAGGACCCCAAGAACCUCACGUGGCUGAACGGAUGCGGGGAGGACGACGAUGACGGUGAAGACGGGAGCUGCGGCGCAGGCUUGGUCGACGGCUCGCUGGAGCCGUUCCACGUGUGACGAGCGGCACAGGGGCGGGAUACUGAAAUUGGCGCUGACUUGUUGGUAAUCAUGUUCCCUCCGUUCCAUAUUAAUCGUCGCCUCAAACGAUGUAUCUAGCAUUGAAAUACAUCUAGAUACAUCCAUUUCAUAUACAAGUAAUAUGGAGCAGGAGUACCUUCAUUACUUUUUAGUCUCCAUAUAGCUUUUAUCCGAAUUCUAAGUAUCUCUAUUUUGACCAAACUUUUAGAAAAAAAUACCAAUAUUUGCAAUACCAAAUGAAUAUUUUUAGAUUCAUUAUGCAAUGGAGUUCCAUAUUAUGUAUAUUUGAUAUUGUAAAUAUUGAUUUUUUAAAUAUAAAUUUGGUCAAAGUUUGUAAAA